GCAGUCAUAUAUUUUUAGCGCGGAGCGAUCGGCCGCGCGCACCCAACGAGAGUUUUAUAACAAAUACGCUAUGAUGUACAAAUUGUUUCAUUGAUAUAUGUGUUAAGGUGUGUGAAACAGUGACAUGCAAGCUUUAUGACGAAGGCCCCAAGGAUGGACCGCUUCAGACGGCAGCGUUACAAACAUGGACGAAGACGGGGCUCAGCCGAUUCAAACUACUCACAACCAUCGUCGGAGCUGUCGCUGGACGAGGAUAAAGAGGCGCUGCGCCGCGAGAAGGAAGCGCAAGCACUCUCACAGCUCGAUAAGGCACGGUCGAAGCCGGUCGCAUUUGCCGUGCGGACGAACGUGUCGUACGAUGGCUCAUUGGAUGACGACUCGCCCGUACACGGCAGCGCUAUCUCUUUCGAUGUGCGCGACUUCCUACACAUUAAGGAGAAGUACGACAACAACUGGUGGAUCGGGCGUCUCGUAAAAGAGGGCUGCGACAUCGGCUUCAUUCCGUCGCCGGUGAAGUUGGAGACAGUGCGCGCGGGGCUGGCGUCGCGCGGUCGCUACGCGCGGCCUGCCUCCGCCGCCAACCUCGCGCCGCUCGCGCCUCUCGCUCCCCUCCCCAGCAGAGGUAGCACCCCCCCCACGCCCGGUGAAGACUCGGAUACAGGGACACGCGGGCGGGGCGCUGGCGCCCUCCCUGCUGGUAAAGAGAAACGAAAACCAUUCUUCAAAAAACAGGAGGCUUGCACACCUUAUGACGUGGUGCCCUCCAUGCGACCCGUCGUACUCGUCGGGCCAUCGCUCAAGGGUUAUGAAGUAACAGAUAUGAUGCAAAAAGCACUUUUUGACUUUCUAAAAAGAAGAUUUGAGGGUCGGAUCAUCAUCACCAGGGUUUCGGCAGAUAUUUCGCUGGCAAAGCGAUCGUUGCUCAAUAACCCACCAAAGAAACCGAUCAUGGACAGGUCAAACUCGAGAACGAAUUGUUUGCAAGAGGUGCAGGCGGAGAUUGAGCGCAUUUUCGACCUGGCGCGCACGCUGCAGCUGGUGGUGCUGGACUGCGACACCAUCAACCAUCCCUCGCAGCUCGCCAAGACCUCACUAGCGCCUACUAUUGUUUACCUCAAGAUAUCCAGCCCGAAGGUGUUACAGCGACUGAUAAAGUCUCGAGGGAAGGGACAGAGCAAAAACCUGUCGGUGCAAAUGGUGGCGGCCGAGAAGCUAUCGCAAUGCCCCCCGGAUAUGUUCGACGUUAUCUUAGACGAGAACCAACUAGAGGACGCUUGCGAACACAUCGCGGAAUAUUUAGAGGCGUACUGGCGCGCCACGCACCCGCCGGCGGCGCUGUCCCGCGCGCCGCACCCGCACCCCGCGCACGCCGCGCACGCGCACGCGCACGCGCACCACGCCCAGCCCGGUGGCAGAGCCCGGGCGACACGGCCCGAACGGCUCGAAGAGGAGUACUACCCGCGCGAGAGGUAUCAGCGGUACGGGCGCGACCAGUACCCGCGCGAACAAUACCCGGACGCCGCGGGCUACCCGCCCGAGGCGUACCCGCCUGCGGAAUCGUACGAGCGCGAGGCGUACGGCCACGAUUAUACGCGGGAUGCGUACGCGCGUGAAGACUACGCCAGAGAUUACGGGCGCGAUUACACCAGAGACGGCACGUACAGGGAGGAGCGACGCGGCCGCGAUCGUGACGGACCCGACGACUACGGGCCGUCGAGACGCGCGCUCAACGCCGUAUAGCCGCCGCAUGCGCGCUCCGUGCGCACUCGACGAAGCGAAUCGCGGGACACGCUCGCGCAGAUUCCAUUGGAUUACUUCCUUCCGCCGCGGCCGCGCUGAGGAGGAGAGCUUGACCGAAUUGAGAGUUUCUUAGGUAGCGGCGGCGCACGGGGCGACGUUUCCCAUAUCGCGUUCGUAGGCGCUUCCUUCCGCGCCUCUGUUCGCUUGAUCCGCUUCGGGUCCACGAUUAAUAUUUUGUUCUACUCGUCACUGAAGCGUCGCUUCGCUUCGCCUCGGCAGCCGCCAGUGGCAUGCUUCGCUUCGCAGCUGUAGUGGCACGCUUCGUUCGCGCCGCGCGUCGCCGCCGACCGUCGCUUACGGUACGGAACUCGUGUCGAUUGUAUAAAUUUUACAUAAACUUUAAUUUUAGUAAUUACCGUUAGAUAUUAUCCGUUUCCCAUUUUUGAACAUACUCUGUAAUUAUAUUGCAUUGUCUGUACUUCAUUGUUGCAAUCAUUUGUAAAUAAAAUACUUUAUAUC